CAGCGCAUGCGCAGCUUUUCUCUCCCCCACAGUUUGGGAAGGGCAGCGAUGACUCCGGCCUUGACCAGCUGGGAAGUGAAUACUAAUUUUGUGGAUUUCAACAUUCCUUCCGUAUUUCUAACUUCAAGAUGCCGCUCACAGCUGUGUCGACUCCAACAAUAGAAGGAAAAUGAAAUCAGAGCAUCACAGAACUGAAAUCUAAGCAGGAACAGGCUCAGGAGGAAACUCAGAGCUUCAUUUCAACCCUCCCCUAUAGUGAAACUUUGUGUGUGGGCGAGAGAGAUGCAUUUCCUGUUGCUGUUCAGCCGUCAGGGGAAGUUACGGCUGCAGAAAUGGUUCCUGCCCCUCCCGGAGAGAGACAGGAAAAAGAUUGUGAAGGACAUGACCACUAUGAUGUUGGCACGGAAACCACGCACAUGCAACUUCCUGCACUGGAAGGAUCUGAAGAUUGUCUAUAAGAGGUACGCCAGUCUGUAUUUCUGCUGUGCUUUGGAGAACCAGGAUAAUGAACUUCUGGCUUUAGAGAUUCUGCACCGUUAUGUGGAGCUACUCGACAAAUACUUUGGCAAUGUAUGUGAGCUGGACAUCAUCUUUAACUUUGAGAAGGCUUAUUUCAUCCUGGAUGAGUUUCUGAUGGGUGGAGAGAUUCAGGAGACGUCCAAGCUGUCUAUUGCGAAGUCUAUAGAGGCCUCCGAUAUGCUGCAAGAGACGAUGGAAGAAUACAUGAGCAAACCAGCCUUCUGACAGCAGCUGACGUGAUACAAUGUGACAAAAAGGAAAGAAACCUGCCUCCGCAGUGUAUGUUGUGUCCUUCAAUCAGGACACAAUUUUCAUUGCAAGAAGUUAUAGACUUUAUUCAUGAGGGCUGCAUAUUUUUUUUCUUAUUUAUUGUUUUUUUUUUCUUCUCUGUGCUUGUAUGAACAUCAAAUGAACUCAAAUUUUAAUGUAACUGAAUCAGGGUUCAUGUUGUGUUUUUGAAUAGGUUAUGUCUGGUCAACUUAUAAAAAAAUAAAUGUAAUGCAGAAUUUCUAUGAUGGCUCCAGCAUGCAUGUACACAUGCAACCAUAGAUUUAACCGAU